AUUUGCUAUAUAUACAACUCUCUUAGCACCCAGAAAACCUUCUAAAAUUAGCCCGGCCACACUCCCAUCUCUGUAAAGGCCAUGGCGCCCUCCUAUUGCUUUAUUCUCCAUUUCUUCUCUGUCUGUGUCUGUGUACAUGAUUUGCUGUUACACAAGGAUGAUUUCUGAGGCCAACCAAACCUUGAAGCAGCGGUGCUAAUUAAGAAGAUAGGAGAUGGAGACAACUUACCAGCCUUAUAUCGAUCCUGAGUUUGAGUCCCUCAUUGAAAGAAUUUAUCCCCCGAGAGUCUGCAUAGACAACGAAGCAUAUCAAGAUUGCACUCUUGUCAAGGCUGACAGCGCAAACAAGCACGGGAUUCUAUUAGAGAUGGUCCAAGUCUUAACAGAUCUUGACCUUGUUAUAUCCAAAUCAUAUAUUUCUUCUGAUGGGGGAUGGUUCAUGGACGUGUUCCACGUGACUGACCAGCUUGGAAACAAACUUACUGACGAAAGCCUCAUACUCUACAUCCAGCAGGCACUGUGUGCGAAUAGGAGAAGGGGGGUAUCAAAGGAAUUGCCAACUUGUCUCAACAGAGAAGUUAGGCCACGACAUGUGUCAACAGAGCACACGACCUUGGAGAUGGCUGGGACUGACCGACCAGGUCUGCUGUCCGAAAUAUCAGCUGUGCUUUUUGAGUUGGAAUGCCAUGUCACAGCUGCCUUGGCGUGGACCCACAAUACGAGAGCUGCUUCGAUAAUCUACAUGGAAGAUGGGUUUCGAGGAGGGCCGAUCACAGAUCCAAAGAGACUAGCGCAUGUACAAGAGCAGUUGGAGAAUGUGGUUGAAGCCCGUCAUGGGAUGGGGGAGAGGAGGAGCGUCCGGUUGACUGCUCCAGCCCCAGGACAACAGACCCACACGGAGCGGAGGCUCCACCAGUUGAUGUAUGCCAACAUAGACUAUGAACCGUGUCAGGGAUGCAAUGGCGGAGGUGCAGCACAUAGGAAUAACUGUACCAAAACUCAUGUGUUUAUUGAAUCUUGUGAGGAGAAGGGGUACUCUGUGGUGAAUGUCAGGAGUAGAGACCGGCCAAAGCUCCUGUUUGAUACACUCUGCGCUCUAACUGAUAUGCAGUAUGUUGUGUUCCAUGCUGUAGUUAGUUCUAAGGGCACCAUGGCUGAUCAGGAGUACUUCAUUAGGCAGAAGGAUGGCUGCACUUUGGAUACAGACAGCGAAAGGCAUAAACUAACCCAAUGCUUGAUUGCUGCCAUUGAGCGCAGAGUAUCCCAUCAGGGAUUGAGGCUGGACAUUCGCACGCACAACCGAAUGGGACUGCUCUCAGACUUGACACGGGCAUUCCGCGAGAAUGGGCUAUCAAUAUCAAGUGCUGAGAUUGGAACAAAUGGUGAUAGAGCAGUUGGAUCCUUCUAUGUUACUGAUGCUUCAGGAUAUGAAGCAAAUCCACAAGUAAUAGAACAGGUAAAAAAAGAGAUUGGGGGAUCUAUCGUGGUAGUUAACAAAUCACCAGGCUGGACACCAAAAACUUCAAAGACUCCCUCAGCAGCUAGUAUUAGCAGAACUAGCAGUGGCAGCAGCAUACAUGAAGAUAAACCCCGGUUCUCUCUAGGAAGCCUAUUCUGGUCACAGCUUGAGAGGCUCUCAAACAAUUUCAGCUCCAUACGAUCAUGACGAGUUUCAACUCGGGAACUGCUUCUUGGAUUUUACUUUAUAUCUGUUGUUUAGUAAGUUCGAAUGCCAGGAGAUGAGUAGUUUCUCUUGCUAUAAUAAAAUGACAUAAUGUACGUAGACAACACUCUUUUGAUUUUAA